CGUUGCUCUGUUUUCCUCAUCUGACUACAGCACCAGCAAAUCCAGCUCCGAUCUAAACGAAAGCAGACGGGAGAAGAAGACGGACUGGCCGCCGGCAAGGAUGGACUUCCACGCGCUCCCCCGCCGUGACCUCCAGGCGCUGUGCAAGCGCAACGGCAUCCGCGCCAACAUGACCAACGUCGCCAUGGCCGAUGCCCUCGGCGCACUCCCCGCGGUUAAUGGGAUUGAGGAGUACGUCAAGCCGCCGGUCGACGAACCGGCCCCUGCGGCCAAGCCGGUGGUUAAGGCUGUGGCGGAGGAGGAGAAGCAGGGGAUCCAAUCCCGAGAGAUCAUCAUACUGGACGAUAGCGAGGGCGAAGGGGAGGAAAAGGAUCUUAGGCGGGAUGAGGAUGAAGAAUAUGCGCCGGUCCUUGGGUUGGAGCGGUGCGGUGCCAGCCGGCGCGCUCGUGUCGACCUUGCGGUAGCUCCGGCUCCCCGGAGAAGGGCGGCGGCCGGUAAGAGGAAGACAGUGGAUGCGGUGGCCCCGCAGGAUUUGCCGGCUCGGCCCACUCGUCCUCGGAGCCAGAGGACGGCGGCGUUGGUGGUUGGGGAUAAGGUGCCGAGGGCAAGACGAACGGCGAAGAUGGCUGUAUCCUGGAACACUGGUACGCAGCAGGAGAAGAAAGGAGAAGCCGCACAAGGUGUUGUUGCUGACGUGCAAACUGCUGUGCCGGCACCUGUUUCCCCAGACCAGAGAGGUGAUUAUUCUGAAGAAACGGAAGAAGCCAUGAACCAACAUACCGAGCAGCAGACCGAGCUAGUCGAGGUACAGGACCAGGAAGAUGAAGGUGACAAAGGUGUUGUCUCUGAGGUGAAAACUACUGUACCUGAACCGGUUUCUUCAGAAGAGAGAGCUGAUGGUGCUGAAGAAAUGCAAGAGACCAUGGAUCCUCAGAACGAGCUGCAAAAUGAGCUAGUUGAGGAACAGAGCCAGGAGGACGAAGGUGACACAGGAGCAGUCAUGGAUAUACCAGCACCAGUGGAAGAAGAGCCACCAGUAGCAGAAGAUUACACGGUUGAUUCAUCAGCAAAAGAACAGGAGAUGGAUGUCCAGCCGCUCUCUGAUGAUUCGCCAGUCGUCCUGGGUUUCGUUGAACAAGAAAGAAGCGACACUUUCCUGAAUGAUACUGUCCUCAGUCAGGGACCAUUGGACGAGGAGAUGUAUCAUUCCAGUGAAGAGACGGAAGUGGUGCCCGUCAGCGAGGCACGACCGGCCACAAUGGAAUCCGCCGACGAUGCUGGCUGUGUUGUCGUGGAGGAAAAAGAAGUAUCAACCUUUGGUGUGGUGGUUCAGAGCCCAGUCGAAGCCAAUGUGGCCAGUACUGAAGAAGGUUUACUCGCUGAACAGAAGGAAGAUCCGGUUGAUGUUGUAGUGCCUUCUGAAGAGGAAGGAGUGGUGGCCACCAACGAGACACCGGAGAGGUCAAUGACAAUGGACGAGAGUGUUGCCAAUGAGGCCAGUACUGAAGAAGGUUUACUCGCUGAACAGAAGGAAGAUCCGGUUGAUGAUGUAGUGCCUGCUGAAGAGGAAGGAGUAGUGGCCACCAACGAGACACCAGAGAGGUCAGUGGCAAUGGACGAAAGUGUUGAGGAAGUGUCUACUGUCGAGAAUGUGUCCCAAGUCACCGUGACAGACGACGAGGGUGCCGGUAAGGAGAGAGAUUUCACUGUUGACCUCCCACCGGUGGUCGAGACUGCCAAAGAUGAAGACACCAUUUCCUCACCGUUGUUUGCCGGCAUGCUUGAUGAUGCCAUCAAAUCCCUGUCCAUGGACUCUAUCACUGUGGAAACAAUGCACAAUAACAGUGGUGGUGAGAAGAACAAUACUGAACCUGUGGCGGUGGAACAAGAGAAGGAAGAGAAGGACGUCAGUAAAUCUGAAACACUGGGUAACCUUAGCCUAAGGAAGCUUAGAGUCAAGCUUAAGGAGACGGUGGCAGCAAACUCCAUCAUUAUGGAGCCAAUGGUGUCCAUAGACUCAAUCACUUUGGAACCAACGCACGAUAACAGUGGCGGUGAGAAGAAUGUUCCUGAACUUGUGGCAGUAGAACAAGAGAAUGAAGUGAAUGAUAUCAGUAACUCUGAAGCACUGGGUAACCUUAGCCUAAGGAAGCUUAGAGUCCAGCUCAAGGAGACAGUGGCAGUGCAUUCCAUUUCUGUGGAACCAACAGUAGAACAUGAGAACGAAGUGAAGGAGGGCAAUAAAUCUGAAGCAUUGGGCAACCUUAGCCAAAAGAAGCUCGGAGUCAACCUAAAGGAGAAAGUGGCAAUGGGACAAGAGAAUGAAGUGAAGCAAGUCAAUAAAUCCAUGGCAUUGGAUAAGCUUAGUCUAAGGAAGCUUCGACUCAAGCUCAAGGAGACGCUGAAUGCUCACAAGAGCAGAGAACCAAAUAGGGUGGCCCUUGGACGGUUGGAUGAGAAUGCAUGCUGAUCCGACACCAACGAGCAACGGCAGAUCAGGCAUCUGUGCACUCUGCAGUAGUGUUUAACCAGGAGUUUGUCUAGUUCUGAAAUCUGAACUUCAGUACUUCGUGUGAGAGCAUCAGGUUGUGAAACCAUGGUUUCUCCAACCACCUUAUCUAACUUAUGAGGAGUCCUAACUUAUGUCUAGAUGCUCCUUUUGCUUGCAGACCGUGAGAAGACUCGGCACUAUUUUAGUCGUUUCUCAUCGUUGUCAGCUCCCCAGCUCUUUUGUGUGUGGUUUGUCAGUGUUAUGACCUAAUGUAAGACAAGUGCAUGCUUAUAUAUAAGAGUGUUUGUGACCGAUUCGCACGAUCUA